CUUGUUUCACCUCCAGUGAAAAAGUCGCUAGUUGGUGUUCAGUUUCACUCUUCCCUCCUCUUUCUUCCCAGCUGCCUUUGAGCAUGGCUGCUGCAGAGAGCUGCUGACCAGUCAGACCAGUUUUCAACAUCGUGGCCUAAUUACCACAUUGGCUUUAGGGAGUUUGCAUUGUUUAAAAGCUGCUUUUCAGAUGGUUUCACUUCAUGGAACGGAGAGACGCAAAAGUGGGAUGUGUUGUAAGUCUUGAUGGGCAUUGGUCUCCGUACAAGAAGGACAACAAGACAUCGCCACAGGCGUGAGUCUUCCACGAGUGCAACAUGUUCUCCUCUGCGACCCCCUACAAGAACCAGCACUACGCUGAGCUCAAGAAGGAAUGCAUCAAGAGUAAAAAACUCUUUGAGGAUCCAGAGUUUCCAGCUAUAGAUUCGUCGCUGUAUUUUCGGAAACCACCGCGUGGUAUUGCGCAAUGGAAACGUCCUGGGGAGAUCAGCAAUGACCCGCACCUGUUUGUGGAGGGCGUCAGCUCCCAUGACUUGAACCAAGGCUCAGUGGGGAACUGCUGGUUUGUGGCUGCCUGCUCUUGCUUGGCCCUGAAACCUAACCUGUGGAAAAGGGUCAUUCCGGACUGGAAGGAGCAGGAGUGGGACUCCAAACACCCGGAGGAAUAUGCCGGAAUCUUUCACUUUCAGUUUUGGGUGUUUGGCAAGUGGGUGGAUGUUGUCGUGGAUGACCGCCUUCCUACAAUAAAUGGAGAACUCAUCUACUGUCACUCCAAAGACAACAAUGAAUACUGGAGUGCUCUGUUGGAGAAGGCCUACGCCAAGCUCUCUGGCUGCUAUGAGUCGCUUGAGGGGGGCAACACUGGAGACGCCGUGGUGGACUUCAGUGGAGCUGUGUCUGAGGCCAUCAACCUGGAAGGCGAGGCUUACUACAAAGACCAGAAGAAGCUAGACCAUCUCUUUGUAGACCUACUGAAGGUGUACGACCGAGGCGGCAUCAUAAGCUCCUCCAUUAAGGCGGAACCUCAUGAAAUUGAGCUCAAAAUGGCUAAUGGGCUGGUGAAAGGUCACGCGUACUCUGUGACGGCAGUAAAGAAGGUGCGUCUGGGUCACGGGCUGAUAGCCUACUUCAAGAAUGACACCAUCCCGAUGAUCCGCAUGAGGAAUCCCUGGGGAAAGACGGAGUGGAAUGGAGCUUGGAGUGACAGUUCUGAGGAAUGGUCAAAAGUCGGCGACACGGAAAGGGGCAACCUCGGUAUCACAGUGGAAGAUGAUGGCGAGUUCUGGAUGUUUUUCACAGACUGGUGCAAGCACUUCACAGAUGCCGACGUUUGCCGUCUCAUCAACACGUCUGUGUUGAGCCUCCAUAAGACCUGGCAUGAAGUGGUGCACUUUGGGAGCUGGACCAAGCAAGCGGAGCCUCUCUUGAACCGCUGUGGUGGCUGUGCAAACCAUAAGCAGACCUUCCUGCAGAACCCACAGUUCAUGUUCGACGUCACAAAGGAGGCCGACGAGGUCCUCAUCUCCUUACAACAGCGUGAUAUGAAAAUCCACAGGAAGAUUGGACAAGGGGAGAAUAUCACAAUCGGCUUCUGCAUCUUUAAGGUGGAACUAAACAGGAAGUACAGACUACACGACAUCCUGACCCAGAACCUCGUGCAGACUUCCACAUACAUAAACGCCCGCACGGUCUUCAUGCGAUGCACGCUGCAGCAGGGCCGCUAUGUCAUCCUGCCCACUACCUUCAAACCGUACACUCUGGGGGACUACAUGAUCCGACUCUUCACCGACGUGGACUCGGACUGCCGGGAGCUGACUGAAGAUAAGCCCAGGGUGAGAUGUUGGAGUUCCUUCCUGGGAUACCCACAGGCCGUGACCCACGUGUAUGUGCACUCUGCUGAGGGUCUGCAGAACCAGGACAGUACAGGCGGCGCAGACCCUUACGUGAUCAUCAGCUGCGAAGGCCGCUCUGUAAAGUCCGCCAUCCAGAAGGACACUUUGACACCAGAGUUUGCAACCAGUGGUAUUUUCUACAGGAAGAAGCCCAGGAAGCCUUUAAUUGUACAGAUCUGGAACAGUAACGCAGUACAGGACCAGUUCAUGGGCCAAGUGAUGCUUUCCGCUUCUACGAAGGACACCGCCGAUCCCCAGAGGCUGCAGCUGAGGAAACAAGGCCACAACAUGGCCGAUGAGAUGCCGGGGAGCGUCACUCUAAGGGUCGUCACUUCUUCUCAGCUGACCGCCAUGUGAGGGCUCGCACAUCGACUGAACUGUGAAACUAUG